AUAAAUGAAUCUGAUACUUCCGAUAUCAAUGUAUAUAAACAUGUUACAUGUGCAAUUCUGUAGACAUAUGACAACCUGAUCAGCCUAAACUAUCCCACCAGUUUCGGGGUCUGGAGCUGAAGAAUCGAGAUUUUCUAAUCUGGUUUUUAUCUUUUUUUCCCUUUCUGCCACAAACCUAUUCCAAAGAGCUACUGCUUAUUAUUCGGAUCAAACAAGUUAUGUCUUUGAAAUUGUUUCCUUUUCAGUUGCAUUGCAAUAUAGUACUGCUAGUUGAUUACUGUAAUUGGGUGUUUGCUCUUUGUUUCGGUUAUUCCUGUGGAGAAAAAUGGAGAAGGAAACUGGACAUGGACCUUUUUAUUUUGAACUUAACACCGGAGCUAAGAUGCCAUCUGUUGGUUUGGGAACAUGGAAAGCUCCUCCAGGUGUUGUUGGUGAAGCUAUCAUUGCUGCAGUCAAGGCUGGCUAUAGGCACAUCGAUUGUGCCCAUAUUUAUGAUAAUGAAAAAGAGAUUGGGCUUGCAUUGAAGGGACUGUUUUCCACAGAACUGGUGAAGCGCAAUGAAUUGUUCAUCACAUCAAAACUAUGGUGUAGCGACCAUGCACCUGAAGACGUCUCAAAGGCGUUAACCAGAACGCUUGAAGACCUUCAACUUGACUAUAUUGAUCUGUAUCUUAUACAUUGGCCAUUUCGUACAAAGCCUGGAAUGAGAGGAUGGGAGCCUGAAAUCAUGGCUCCCCUUUGUCUUCCAGAGACAUGGAGUGCAAUGGAGGGCUUGUAUGCAUCUGGCCAGGCUCGGGCCAUUGGAGUCAGCAACUUCUCGACUAAGAAGCUGCAGGACCUGCUCAAGUUUGCAAAAGUUCCUCCUGCUGUCAAUCAGGUAGAAUGUCACCCAGUUUGGCAGCAGCCUGCUCUACACAGCUUGUGCAAGUCCACUGGAGUUCAUGUAUCGGCAUAUUCCCCUCUAGGAUCUCCAGGGUCUUGGAUUAAAGGAGAAAUCUUGAAGGAACCAAUUUUGAUUGAGAUUGCUGAAAAACUUAACAAGUCUCCAGCACAAGUUGCCCUGCGCUGGGGUAUUCAGAGUGGACACAGUGUCCUUCCAAAAAGUGUGAACGAGUCUAGGAUCAAGGAAAAUUUAAACUUGUUUGAUUGGUCCAUACCUCCUGAGCUCUUCUCGAAAUUCUCAGGCAUCCACCAGCAAAGGCUCCUCCGAGGGGAAUUUGCUAUACAUGAAACUUGUAGUCCUUACAAGAGCCUCGAAGAACUGUGGGAUGGUGAAAUAUAA